UUGCCGCUAACUAAAAAAGAAGUUGUUCCGGUCGAUCGUUGCUUGACAAUUGUAAGCGAACGUCGCAUAUUUACCAGAACUGCCAGAACAGAGAACCACCAGAAGAACCAAGAAGAACAAAUCUAUACCGAGUGAAUCGAUAUUACUGCCUAUAUAUUUCGAUCAAACUUUUAGUUUUCUCACUUUAUUGGUAUACCGGUAGAAUUAAUAUUUUUGGAAACAUUAAAUUACGUGCCAUAUAAAAUGGUUGAUUAUAGCAAGUGGAAGGAUAUAGAGAUUUCUGAUGACGAGGAUGAUACACAUCCCAAUAUUGAUACUCCGUCUUUAUUCAGAUGGCGGCAUCAAGCCCGUAUCGAACGAAUGGAAGAGCAAGAGAGAGAACAACGAGAGUUCCAACAACUGAAAUUAGAAACUGAGAGAAAGCUCAAAGAGCGAAAGAACGAACUAGAAGCUCUGGAGGAGAAACAAAAAAGGAUACCAUGCAACACGGAGGAGUUGUCGACACUGAAGAAAGCAAUAGAGGAAUUAGAGAUCGAGCAAAGAAAGAUCAAGGCGAAAGAGGAAGAUUUGAAGAAAAAAGAAAAAUUGAGACCCUGGAAUGUGGAUACGAUCGGACAUGCGGGAUUUACGAAAACGGUGAUAAACACAAAACCAGCAAGGAAGGAAGAUGAAUCCGAAUUACCGGACGAAGUGAGGGAAAAAAGAAUGAAGGAUUUUGUGAAGGAAAAUGAGAAAAAAUUGAAGGAAUUCGGAAUGCUGAGACGAUACGAUGAUAGCAAAAAAUUCUUGCAAGAAAAUCAACAGCUGGUUUGCGAAAAUACUGCAAAUUAUUUGGUCAUUUGGUGCAUCAAUCUCGAAAUGGAAGAAAAACAUGUAUUGAUGGAGCACGUCGCUCAUCAGUGCAUGUGUAUGCAAUACAUCCUCGAACUGUCCAAGCAAUUGGACGUUGAUCCGAGAGCCUGUGUCGGCUCAUUCUUCAGCCGUAUUCAAAUAGCCGAGGUCGAAUACAAAAAGUCUUUCGAGGACGAGCUUACCGCCUUCAAGGAUCGGAUACGUAAGAGAGCAGCAGAAAAAGUUGCUGAGGCUCUUAAAGAGGAUGAAGAGGAGGAACGCUUGGCUCGCCUUGGACCUGGAGGCCUUGAUCCUGUUGAAGUCUUUGAGUCUCUGCCUGAGGCCCUUCAAAAAUGCUUCGAGGUUCAAGACAUUCCUCUGCUGCAAAAAACAAUAGAUGAAAUGCCUGAGGAAGAAGCCAAAUAUCACAUGAAACGAUGUGUCGACAGCGGUUUGUGGGUACCGGAUGCAAAAUCAAAAAACAAAAGCACAUUAUUAAACGAAGGUGACCAAGAGGAGGAAAAUUUAUUGAGUGAGAAAAAACCAGUCGAUCAUGAAUAAUCCACCCAAUAAUUAUUUUUCAUCAAAAUUUUUUUCAAGUUAGUAAACACAUUCUUACACUUCCGUACUCUGUGAAGAACAAAUUGACCUUUAUCUUUUCACUUUAUUUUAUCCAUCAAAUGAAUCAUGCGUUAAACUAGAAUUUAUCAAAUAUUUCUAUAAAUUUGUUUUACCGAAACCCAAUCAUCAUUGAAUAAAAUAAUUGCUAUUAUUAGACAUUGCAAUCGUAACAUUAAAAAUAAAUGGAUGAUGAUUUAUUUUUCUUAUCCUAUCCUAAAAAGAAUUUCUAGAACGUUUCAGCAUCAAUGACUCGCGCCAUUUCUUUUUUUUUCUCCAUAAACUCAAAAUCCUGUGUUGAAUUUCAUGUGAAUAUAAAUGUAUUACUCGCACCUAAACGGGGAAAAAUUGUUCAGAACUUGUUUAAAAAAUUUCAGAGUAAAAAAUAUAUAUAUAAUAUAAUAAUAACGUGUAAAAUUUCAGGUGAAAUUUUACACGUUAAAAAAGCCCUAAAUAGUAUAUUGUCGUUUCUCAAUUGAAAUUUGAAUAUGCCGCCAAAAAAAUCAUUCGAUAUUUCGAUAUGCGAGAGUAGCAGCACAUGCGUUCGCGGAAAUCGUGAGCAUGCGCGACCGGAAAUGGCGUAGUAGUAGUAUAUCGAACGUUCGGGAUUCUCCUCCUUUUCCGGUGUUGAUGUGCCAAAUGGUCUUUGGCAUAAUGUCUUAACUGAAUGAACUCAAGCGGACGAGACACAAAAUUCUAAUCGAUAAAUUAUGGCUUUUGAGGAAAACACUUUACCCAACGAGCAGCACCUUUAUGAUUAAGAAAUUUUUUUCAACUCUGAUUCUUGUCGCGUUAUAACUUGAUUAUAACCAUUCCUCGAAUUGAAUCAAUUUUUUCAAUGAAAAAUGCCGACUAAUACCAAUUUGUAAUCUGUUUCUUAACAUUAUUAAAAAGCACAUGUCACGGGAGGAUUUUGAUUGUAAUAUCCAAUUGUUUAAGAAAAUUCUUGCCUAUUUUGCUUGUACAUUCGUACGGAAGUUGCUCAGAAGUUUAUCAUUUCACCAGAAAUGAAAAAUUGAGGCUCCGAACUUGAUUUCCCAACUGAAAAAAACAAACAAAAAUCAUUCAUUCUUUUGUUAAUUUUUUUGACUACAUCUACAAUUUUAGCUGUUACAAAAUGUUAUUGUACAAUCUGAUUGUUUGAAUAAACUUGUUGAGCGCC